GUACACAUCGGAGGGAGGGGUUACGAAAACGGCGCGGUGACAAUGGACAGUGACCACUUGGCUCCACGGAAGUUGCUGCUGUCGUCGCCGGCCCAGCAGGCGGAGCAGAGGUCGCAGGAGCGUUCAGACGCAGCAGCUGUGCAGUCGCGGCACUCUUUUGAGCAGGAGUUGGAGAAGCAGGUGUCGGAUACUCGUCAGGAGGACCACCAGAAGCGGUUGAAGCGACUCAAAAAGGAGCUGGACUACCUCUCCGAGACGGACUGGAAGUACGCCACCAAGCCGUUCUAGCCGCGCGCCAUGCUGUCGACGCUGCGCGCGUGGCUGUGGGGCGCGCCGGCGCCGGAGUCGGCGGCGCCGCGCCCCGAGCUGCACCAGUUCUUCCCGGCCGACGAGCCGCGGCCGACGGACGCGCGCCGCUGGUUCGAGGGCUCGGUGCUGAGCGUGUCGCCCGAGGGCGGCACCGUCUCCGGCGACGUGUGGUUCGAGCCGGCGGCCGUGCGCGGCCCCCGCCAGCCGGAGGUCGGCGAGCGCGUCCGCGGGGAGGCGCGCCGCCGAGACGAGGAGCACGCCUGGCUGGCCAUCCACGUGGAGGUGUGUGACGACGACUGGGGGACGGCCGCGGAGGAGGCGCCGGCCGAGAACAGAGUGGUGGGGCAGGUGCGCCGGUUCGAGGGGGACGUGCUGGUGCUGGCGGACCGUGACGACGAGUACCGGCUGCGCCAGGCCGACGCCGAGGUCGACUUCCUGCCCGCAGAAGGAGACUGGCUGGAGCUGGAGAGUGAUGACCCGAUCCCCCGUGAGGUCACCGGCGGUCAGAAGGUGCGGGUCCGCCCCCUGCGCCGCUGGGAGGUGGAUGGCGAGGUUACCCUGGUCGCCCACGAGCAGCCCAUGUUCGGACUCGUCGAUAAUCAGAUCUACUUCCUGCCGUCGGCGUGGAGUCUGGCGCGUCUGCCGCGCCGCGGGGACCGCGUGCGCUGCUCCGCCGUCGAGAGCUCCCAGUCGACGCCUCGCGGCCUGACGCUCAACUGGCGGGCCGUGCGAGUGGCGGCACUGGAGGCGCGUGCCUGGCUGCGACCGCCGCCGGCCGCCGCGCCGCCGCCCGCCGCGUCGGCCUCCUUCUCCGCCGACCUUCUAGACGACAAACAGGGUGUGUCUGUGACGGGCGACGGCGAGUUCGGACAGCUGAAGUGCGGCGAGCAGCGGCGCACGACGCUGGUAGUCCGUAACGCGAGUGGCGCUCCUGUGACGCUGGCGGCGGCGCGGCUGCUCUCGAACGCGGGCGGUCAGUUCUCUGUGACACCGCCUGACUGUGCCGAGAUCCCCGCCGGCGGCAGCGGGGCCGUGACGGUCGAGUGCCGCGCAGAGCUGCUGGGCGCCGCGCGCGCGCUCUGCCUGCUCGAUUUUGGCGCGUUCCGUAUCGGCCGCUGGCUGGGUGUGACCGUGGAGGACCCGUCCGCGGCGCUGCUGUCGGCCCCGGCGCCGAGCCGCCGCCGGGCGCGCGCUGCCGUCGGCUAUGACUCUGACUCGCUGGACGCUCGGCAGAGCUGUGUGGUGGUGCCCGGACAGCCGGCCUUCAAGCCGGCGCCGUUCGUGAGCGCCCGCCUGCCGCCGUACCCUCUGCCGACGCGGCUGCUGUCGAUGGACGGGGACCGGCUGUUGGCCAACUACCCGUGCCUGGCCUCCGAGCUCGGCCCGGACAACUACAAACAGAGGCUGACGCUGCUGCUCUUUAUCGAGGAGGUGGAGAUGCUGCGCCAGAUCCGCCAGUUUGACAUGGACGGUGUGGUGCUGGGUCGGGCCGGGGAGUUCCUGCAGCUGGCCGUGCCCGGACUGGCCGAGAGCCGACCCUCGCUCGUCGUCGGCGACAAGGUGCUGCUCUCGCACCCGUACGAGGAGUCGGGUCUCAAGUACGAGGGGUACGUGCAUCAGGUGCGUCACUCGGCGCUCAACAUCAUGUUCCACCCGGACUUUCAGCAGAGUUACACGGGCAAGGAGUACAACGCGUCGUUCGAGUUCAGCCGCAGCCAGCUGCGGCAGCUGCACCGGGCCGUCGAGACGGCGCUGGCGCGGCUCGGCGCCGGGGUCCUGUUCCCCACUACAGCCACCGCCAGACUGCCGCAGGUGAACUUUGUGGAGGAGGCGGGCUGGACGUCGGAACGCUCCGUGUGCUCUCACACCAAACGGGUGUCGUUUGAUCUGGACACGGACUCUCAGAAGAUGCCGCCGUCUCCGACCGGAGAGGAGGCGGCCUCAGGGCCCGGUGGGUCGGCCGCUGACGGCCCGUCGGACUCCGCUGAUCCGGAGCUGACUCCCCGGGCGGCGUCCAGUGACGGUGAAGGAAAGGGUGACAUACGGAACGGUGACAUUGAAAGGAACGGGGCUGUGGCUACAGACGGUCCCUCGGAGUCGCGGGACUCAGAGCUCACCCCUCGCGCCAAUGGAAGCUCAGGACUCUCAAACGGUGCCGCUGUGAUAAGUGUAUUACCUUCUGGGAGUAUGCCUACGAGUGACAGCUCUGAGCCCAUCACGAAUGGAGACUCACACCGCGCGGACCGGUCUGGAUCAGUCACAUCGGUAACGCCACUCACCAACGGUCAACUUCACCGGCAGGAUAAUACUCACCCUCACGGCGCCAGCAGCUCCGGUAGCUCUGCCGCUCUGACCACGCCCUCUGCCGCUCCAGGCCCCGCCCCGGCCGAGGACACGCCCUCCCAGUCGGACUCGGACGUCUCAUUCGUCUCUGCUGACGGCUCUGUGGAUGAGUCUCUCUCCCGCACCCCGUCGGCCGGUGGUAACGCGAGGCGGCCCCGUCGCAGUCGGCGGGUGCCCGUCGUCGACAGGCUGUUCCGGUCACCAUCUACCGCGGCGUCCGCGCAGUCGGCGGCGGCGACAGCGGCGACCGAUAGCCCGUCAGUGACGACAGCAGUGACAGCGGGGAAGGCGAAGUGCAACGGCUCGUCAGAAAGCGUAGAUCGAUCGCAGGGAAACGCAUCAGCUGCUCAGAGUGUCGUGAGGACUGAAGGUAGAGAGGUUAAUGGCCAGCCAGUGAAUGGACUUGAUUCUUCAGUGAAAUCCCCAGUCGCCCGCUCAUCACCCUCAGUGCUCCCGCCUUCUUCGGACGUCCGACCCGCCACCACCACUGCGGCUCCAGCGACCGGCCCUCCAGCUUCCCCCGCCGCAGCGACCGCUACCUCUGCCCCGCCGCUCACCUCCCCGCUCAAGACCCCGCCGCGGUCGUACGCGGCCGCCUCAGGCCGACUGCGUGCUCUGUCGGCCGUCCCGACCGGCCAGCGCGCUCCGUUCGUCCUGCCUCGCUUCUCCCCCGCCCCGGCCGCCGCCGGGGCAGCAGCAGCAGCCAGAGCUGACCCGGUGGGAGGGGGAGACGGCGGCGCAGCAGCGGUGGGGUUCUGCGUGCCGCGGAUGUCGCCCGCGCCGGCAGCUGCGGAGAAGACGGGAGUGCGGGUGCUGCGGUUUUUCAAUCGAGGUCUGAACGAACGUCAAAAGUCAGCAGUGAGACGCGUGCUGAAGGGGAUGGCCCGUCCGCUGCCUUACAUCAUCUACGGCCCGCCGGGCACGGGCAAGACGGUGACUAUGGUGGAGUGCAUCCUUCAGACGUACACCAUGUGCGCGGACAGUCGCCUGCUGGUGGCCACGCCCUCCAACAGCGCGGCCGACCUCAUCACGGAGCGACUGCACGCGAGCGGGGCCGUCCACCGCGCCGCCCUGGCGCGGCUGACAUCGUUCAACAGGUCGGAGGACAGCUGCCCGGAGGUGGUACAGCCGUACGUCAUGUCCGGGGACAGUCUGGAGGCGGCCGCCCGGCGCCGCAUUGUCGUCGGCACGGCCGCCACGCUCGGCAAUCUGUACCGGCUCGGUCUGCGCCAGGGCCACUUCACGCACGUGUUUGUGGACGAGGCCGGUCAUAUGACGGAGCCGGAGACUCUGGUGCCGCUGGGGCUGGUCUCGGCACUGGACGGCCAGGCAGUGCUGGCCGGCGACCCGCGGCAGCUGGGACCCGUGCUGCAGAGCCGCUACGCCGCCGCCUGGGGACUCCAGACCUCGAUGCUGGAGCGCCUGUCGCUGAGGCAGCUGUACGGACGGGACACUGAGAAAUUCGCCGACCACGGCUGCUACAACCCACUGCUGGUCACCAAGCUGGUGAACAACUACCGCUCUCACCGGGAGCUGCUGACGGUGCCCUCCCGGCUGUUCUACGACUCCGAGCUGGUGCCCUGCGUCGACUCGGAGACGGCCAACAAGUGGUGCCGCCUGCCGUUCCUGCCCCGGCCCGGGUUCCCGAUGUUGUUCCACGGCGUGCGUGGGGAGAACAUCCAGGAGGGAGACAGCCCCUCGUGGUUCAACCCCACAGAGGCCUUCCAGGUGAUCCGCUACCUGCAGAAACUGGGCUCGGCCGGGGUCGACUGGGACGAGGUGGGCGUCAUCUCACCCUACAGAAAACAGACGGAGAAAAUCAGGGAGCUCAUGACGACAUUCGGACUGCCCACGGUCAAGGUGGGCUCGGUGGAGGAAUUCCAGGGCCAGGAGCGCGAGGUGAUUGUGCUCACCACGGUCCGCUCGUCCUCCGUCACACUGCAGCACGACGUCAUCUACCGGCUCGGGUUCAUGCAGAGCCCUCGUCGGUUCAACGUGGCCAUCACGCGAGCCAAGUGUCUGCUGAUCGUCAUCGGAAACCCGGAGCUCCUGGCUGCCGACGAGCACUGGCGGCAUUUAGUGGUGCACGCCGUCACCAACGGAGCUGCCAUCGGCUGCGAGGGAGUGCUGUAGGGCUGGACGGCGGCGAGGGAGUGCUGUAGGGCUGGACGACUGCGAGGGAGUGCUGUAGAUUUGAAAGGCGCCCGAACGGCUGCGAGGGCGUCCUACGGGGCUGGAAUUCCCACCGGCUGUGAUAUGGCUCACCGAGAUGAACUGUUGGCUGCAGUGCUCCGGAGAAGUUGACGCAGAUGUCGAGACUAUCACCGGCUUCUCAAGUGAGCUGGACCGAACCUAUCGAAGCGUCUACGGCUUGACGGAACCGUACGACUGUGCGCCUACGGUGUUUCUCGGAUGGGUCCAACUGGACCACCGAACAUAGUCGACCGGCCUGUGGAUGAGUGCAAGACCCGGCCGUAACUGGUACGGGGCGGGGCGGACAGAUCGGAGGGACCUGUCGCCAUCCGUCGGUGGUGGCUGGGCCCAGUAGUUGCUGUGGCGACCCGGGACUGGACCUGGACCAUCCCCCAGUGAACCAUCGAGCCGCCUCGACUGUUCUGUUGCACCUGCCAGCAGUUGAACCAUCGCCAGCACAGCGGCCAAGUGGAGGAGUGAGCGACACAUUCUGAUAUUAUAGCCGAGUUCGCGCCGUGUCUUGCCUUCUCUACGUGUUUGUGUUUCUGCGGCGGUUAGCAAUCGCUCGCACCACCCGCUUUGCAUUGGUGUGCUUCUUUGUGUUCAAUGCUGAUGAUAUUGUGGGAAGGCUAUAUAGCGAGGUUUACCAAUUAUCCCGCCGGGUGAACAGUUGCGGCUGUGCGAGCGAGACGGACCCGCCCGCCGUUGGCUGUGAAGUGUUUGCGGGUUUGUAUCUGCUCAGACCGGCAAAACAUGUUUGCUGUUGUAGCCGAUAAGAGGGCAUACCACGUAGCGAUUCUGGGCAUGAUUAAUCACGAGUGACAAGCUAACUUUAACUCACAGCCGACUGACGCGAACCGCUUCUCCGGUCGACUGUCGAACGGACCGACCCGUCCCGAUCUCACCGAUAAUUCGCCUCAUUUUCGCGCGACCCGCCGCCGACUUCGCUGCCUCAGUGUCUGCGCCGAGCGUGUGCAGUUGCAGGGAUCACGAUACCAAACGGCCUGUGGGGGUGGAAACCCUCGCAGUUGUAGAUGUGUUCGAGUGAACGAUUGUGCUCCGAUCGGCAUUGUAUCUUCGUACAGCAAAUACAGACAUAUCUUACCAAG